AUGGCACCCAGGGCGCCGCAUCUACCCAUUGCUGUAUCAGAAAUCGGAGGCACGUUGCCUCAAAACCCGUCUCAGAAUGUAUUCAUGGGUCUACCGAUGGAGAUAAUGCCCGAAGAAGCACAGUUGUUGAUUGAGAAGGGCUUGGCUUAUAUUCUCGACGAUGUUAAGGCUCAUGACGCAGCAUUGGUGAGGACGAACAAAGAACGACAAAAACAGUACAAGGAGGAAAUUGUAGCACAAUCCGCGGAAAUUGCUCAGGCGAAAGCCAAGGAGAAGGAGACUGACAAGAAACGCGCCAUGAAAAAAGCAGGCGUAAGAGUAGCGGCACAGUCUGUGUUACAAUCGGAAACACCGCAAGAGCCCCUGAGAGUUGACGACGCCGCAACAGACUCUUUCUUCGACCUCGGUGAAGCUAAAUUACCAAUGAUGUCGCCAGCUAGCAAUGGAAAUGACCUAGCAACCCAAACCUCCACACUGACGAUUACUCCAGCCACGUCCAACACGCUCUUGUCUUCCCUGUACUGCACGUCUACGUCUUUAGACACCACACCCCUAUCAACGAACUAUGCCGCUCACGUCUUUCAUCGACACCUCCUUAGCCUGCCGAACAGAACCUUCUUCACUACGCCAGGACUCCGCUUCGGUUGUCAAUUUUGCAUCUACCCUGGAGAUCCCCUACGUUUUCACUCGCAUUUCCUGGGCGUCGGCGUGAAUUGGGACGAGGAUCUUGACCUGAUGGACAUUGUUGGCGGUGGAAGAUUAGGUACCGGAGUCAAGAAGGGAUGGUUGUUUGGUGGUGAAGACCCAAACAGCAUAGAUGGAGACGGAAAAGGUACGAUGCGGUCCUUCAGCGUUGAGUGGGCCGGCAUGUAA